CCACCUUUCCCCUAUCGCCUAGAGUAUUGCUAUCUACCUACCUCGACCCCGGGACAUCGUAUCUCGAUCCGCUCGCAGAACGUGAAAUACGACCAUCGAGAUGUUACGCAAGAACAAGACCUCCAGGUCACCUCUAUCUACCCCAGCCAACCUUUCCGAUCAACCAGGAUCAGGACCUCAAUUCCAGUCUCAAGCUCAAGCUUACCCGCAGCGAGAUGGCACGUCAGCCCAGACCUCACAGAUGGGAAAACAGGCCAAGCUGUCUAGUUCGCCUACUAUCGUGCUGGAACCCGUCGCUGGAUCCGGACCGGGUCAAGGCAUGGGAAUGAGCUCGUCGGGAAGUUUCUUGUCGUUGAAUCGGUUCUUAGGAACAGGAGGUGGAACCGGGAAUACGGGGAACGAUAAGGAUUUCGGUCCUGGUUUCGGGGUUGCACCUGGAUCAGGAUCAGGGUCAGGUUCUGCAGCAGCCGCAGGAUCGAGUAUAGCAUCGAACCCAAACUCUGCACCUGGAGCACCGCGACCAUCCGGAUCGAACGCUCACAGGUCGACCUCGAGCUCUUCAGGGCAACACUUGACGGUGCCUCAGAGCGGGAGCUCGGGAUCGGGAUGGAAAGGGUUCGGAUGGUUUGGAGGGGGGAACAAGUCCCGCUCAGGAGACGGGUCGGGCGGACGUGGAGAGGACAAGAACGCCGGGAAACGAAACAAGGACGAUAUCUUCGCGGGCAAUGCGAACACCGGCGCAGGACAGCAACAACUUGCGAAUGCGGCGGGUGCGGGAGGGAGGAGGUCGCCGAGGAUGAGCAAGGGGGUCAUCUCCGGUCCGAGCAAUUUCGUCCAUCGAGAAAACGGGACGGCCAGGAUGUCGACGUUGCAAAACGGGCUGGCAGCCGGGUCGAGGUCUCCAGAGAGUUUGGGGCUAUCUCUGGUAGACUCCGGCGGAUCGCGGCAAGGACAAGGUGUAGAGGUUGGUGGUGGUGGUGGAAGUGAUGCUGGAUCAUCACCAGGGAGGACGUGGGGUCGACGAGCAACCGUAGGUUCACCAGAAGAGCGGGCUGUCUCUCCCUUGUUUGAUCGGAUGGACUUGCCGCCUGUGCCGCCGCUUCCACCAGCCAAAUCACCAACACUGUCGAGCUCGUCCUCGUCGCCGCGUUUGCCUUCAGAACCUGCCACCCCGGGCCUCAGUCGAGAACGCACAGGGUUGAGGAUAUCAACCGACUUGUUGCGCGGCGACGGCGGGACCAAGACCGUUCAGGGGAAGGGCUCGAAUGCCCCAGGAAACCUGGGGACGACGUCGAAACGACCUUGGGCGAGGAGCGUGGACGAUCUGAGCAAGUUGUUGGGUAUGGAGAAGAAGCCCAAACACAAGGUCCUCCUAGGCGGUGUGCAGAAGGAUUCGAUCGUCCUCGUCCCCGGGUCCGCAGGGGAUUACCAAGGACCCGCUAGUGCGGGCGCUGGAUUAGGGAUCUCGACGACCGAUGGGUCGCCAGUGAUACCGACAAGCGCGAGCAUGAUGUCGUUCCCCGUAUCCCCAUCUUUAGGCAAUGGAAGGCAAUUUCCCGGGGUGACUAGCAGUGCGAGCACGCCGACGAGCGAUGGACCGAUGAGACCGCAUACACCAGUCGCGAGCGUGCCCAUCUCGUCUGGAUCAGGGGAAGGCCCGCCGCUAGGUAGGAACAAGUCGCGAGAGGUCGUCAGUCAGCUGAGGCGAUCAAACAGCCGGGAAAGCUUGCAGAAUGUCUUGACGAGUGUCACGGGUGGUCAGAAAGCGCUGGAAGAACCCACAGGCAGGAAGCGGGGUGCGAGAAGAAAGACCAACUCGUUUAGCGGGAAAAUGUUGCUGGACGUCAUGUCUGGCGCGACCGGGUUGAUCAAGGGCAAGGAUCACGAUGUCGAAAACCAAAAUCUGCCGAGACAGGUCGACAGGGUGAUAUCGUCUGGAGGCAAGGCGUCGAGUCCAGCCAUUUUUUACGGAGGCGCUACAACCCAGGUCGAUGCGAGCACGGUCGUAGGUCGGAACGGGAGUACUGCUGCCAAGCCAAAAGCACCUCAGGGACACGGCCGUAGCCAAUCUUUCAAUCUCCUCGGAGGGCUCUCGAUCGGAACCAAGACGGCCCGGGACAGACAGCGUUCGGGGCAACCUGAUAUCGGUCGGACUCGCGAUGGGGAUCAGUUGGGAUUGCGUUUGGAGGAUGGCGGCCUGAUCCGUACGCCAUCAGGCAAUGCCAAGAGGACCUCCCAAGUCAUCCACAAAGAGGGCUUUCUUUUGAAACACAACCCAGCUGCUUUGCGCAAUACCAGGAGCGGACGUACACCUUCGCCGAACGUCAUCAAAGGGCUGGGUGAGGAUUACUUUUCGUUCAAGAAGGAGACCGAGGCGUCGCGCAACUGGAAGCCGCACAAGGUUGUCAUCAAGGGGACCAAGCUGCACUUUUACAAACCGCCGAGCGAUAAGAGGGCAGGGAUCGAGGCGCUUUUCCCGACCGUAAUCGUGCAGGAGACCGGAUCUCCUACGGCCGUGAUUGGAACGCCGAAGCACGGUCGACGACCGGCUCAACGAGUGUUUUGGGGCACAACACGGCAUCCGGACCUCAAGGUCAAGCCAGGUGUGAUGGCAGGCCAGGCCGAACGCAUCAUUGGUGGUUCGCUCGAAGCUUUGGCACACGAGCUAGUCUUCGCAACACAGUUCGACGGGACCAAUCGUAGCAUCCCAGACCGGGAAGAGAUGAUCUCCUACAAGGUCUUUCUCUGGACGGUGUUGCUCCAGUAUCAUGGGACGACGCAUCUUCAAACGUUGUUUCGCGAGAUGGACAAGUGCUUACGUCGAGCCAUCGACGCAGAGGAUAUCUCAGUAGAGUCCUUUGCUUCACGGAUUCGUGUGGUGCUGGAUGUUCUGAUAACGGAUUUUGGAGCUUUACGGCUGCCUCCCGACAGUCCGCUCUCACCUAUCAUCGCAUCUCUGCUGGAGACUGGCAUGACACUGUGUCAAGCAGAACCUUGGGGUGCCAACACGUUCGAAUCGGCCGUCGGCGACGCAAACGUCGAAGCGCCGACAGACAACAUUACACGCGAUACCCCACAAGAGCUGCUAGCGGAACUGGAAAACUUGCCUCUCCAACGUGUUGCGGAUGCCAUGUCAGACAUGUUGUUUGCCAAGCUGCGCGCUCUUCGGCUCAGUCUUUGUCAACUCGAUGGUCAAGAGGGCAGUCAAGGUGAUACCCAAACGACUCUAAACCUGUUUUACUCGCACGGAUUCAGGCCGAGAAACGUAUCGAAGGCGGUUCUUUCCGAUGUUCUCGCUCGAUCAGGCGAUUCUGACGCGCUCGCGGAUCGUGCGAAACGGCUGAGUUUCUGGAUACAUCUUGCAGAACUCUGCCGAUCUCAAGAUAUAUAUGCUCCCUUUAUCGCGAUCUGCCAGGCAUUAUUCUCUCCGCCCAUCCUUCGUCUCGAUGGACUCUGGGACCUUGUUCCCAUGCACGACCGUGACACGAUUACAACAUGGCGUAUCCUUGCUGGCACACAUCACGCAGGAAGACUACCUUUUCACACACCGCUUGCGAGCAACACUCUGGCUACCGAGAAAACAAGGACGAUACCUUACCUUGGUCCGACGGCACCAAACUCGUCCGAUCAGGAAUCAGGAGCCGCCUUUGCGAGCUGGCAUCCGCUCGCUAGAUUAUGGGUCUCGGAGGUUGAACUAAAAUCAGGCUCAAUACCGUCUAUAACGAAAGACGACGCCUCAAGAAGGUUCGUCUCACGCUUAUACGGGGACGCACUUGACGGUGGAGAGCCAAUGUCACGUUGGAUGGACCUCUCGCGAGAAAUCCAGCCAUCUUUGCUGAGCUCUUCAUCUUCGCGAUCGUGGUCUCGAGCCGAAGGGCGGAGCAUGUCAUCCCUUCAGCCUCUACUGUAUACAACACCUCUGCCAAUCAACACCCUCUUUGCCACCGGGACGAAUCUGCCAGACGCGUCUUCGGCGCUCUUGGCCAAACCGGAAAGUCGCCGACCUCCUUCCUUGUUGGACACGAGUCGCGCAGCACGGCGCACAUCGAUGCCUAGCCGCCGAAGUAGUCUGAGUGACAACUCGAGCUACAAAUGGCGUGAUGGAGAAGCGCCUAAGAGUGAGGGCAUCGGGAACGCCGUACGGCGGAUUACAGGGCAAUUGCACAAUGCCACCAUUCGUAUAACCGACGAGAUCGAAUUGCAGGUCGCGGAUGGUGAUGGAUCUUCCCCCAACGCUUUCCCUCUAUCUCGCACAAGCAGUCGCACUCGCUGUAGCCUCGCGACAGACAGGAUAAGCCGCUCAGGAGCGAGCUUGCAUCUGGCUGUCAACGUCAAAUAUGCCUCUACGGAGCGCCUCAUCGACCUGCUGAUCUGCGGAAUCGAGGGGGACGGGCUGGGAUCAGAUGACAACGGCCAGAUGCCCCUUAACUUCUCCCUUGCUAGGAAGUUUGCCUUGGACCUCGACGCAUACCGUCGCACGUUCUUUGCCACAUAUCGGUCGUUUCUGGAACCGACCUUAUUAUUUGAGUCUCUAAAGAAGCGAUUUUACCGGGCGGGAGAAGCCGUCAUGCCAACCGGAGCAGAGCUCUCAUCUGCAGCCCUGCAGUGGUUGACUGGCUCGACCUCUUCAAUUGGCGAAUCGUUGCGUUCCGAAAAGCUCUCUUGUUACAUCCGAACCCAAGUCAUCGAGCUUCUGCGCUUGUGGCUUCUAAAAGGUGACGGACUUCGGUCAGCGUUGGAUGAUGCAGAGCUUCUCGCACGCAUGGCCGAGUUCGUAUCCGAGACUGAGAAUAUCGAUUCUGGCGUCCGCACCGAGGAGGAACACGUCAUUGUUGAAAGUAUACGAUCUUGGUGGACCCUUUUGACAGACCGGAUACUCGCCUCAACCAAAUCUACCUUGGUUGUUUCGUUAGACGAUACGGGGGAAGCGACCGACGAUGAAAAGGAUGACCCGCCCGGCGCAGAUACCGACCUGGAUGCGAUCGUCGCCGAGCCGCCAUCAUCCGGCGAAGAACUCUUGGGGAUGCUGGCAGGUAUCGGCAGGACCCUAGUUAGCGGUAUCAGCGCAACGGAUCUUCAUACCGUGUGCGGUGUCAUUGAACGGCAGUCUCGCGAUCCUCUCGGAUGGUAUCUGUGCGAGGUGGUUCCCUCAAGGUCCCGACAGGAGCGUCAUCAAGUUCAGAUCGCAUGUCCACACCGAACUUUUCGGCAACGUCUCGGAGCGCCCGCGCAUGGCCUGCCUCGGUUCCAGACGUUGUUACCGGCCAGUGUACAGACUGCCUUGGAUGGUUACCAGGACGUCAAGCUAUGGUUAAUCAAGGCUAUCACCGCAUCAGGACGAGAUGCAAACAUGCGGGCGGGGUUACUCACAGCCCUGUUCGAGGCGCUUGCCCGGUCCAAUAACCCUGAAACGAUCGAAAGGCUCGAAAAGCGGGCUUCGAUAGCAUCACUUUCCGCCUUGACUGCCAGCUCCAGCAGCAUCACGGUCCCGUCCUUUGUAGAAGCAGUGAUCACCGACGUCUUGCUGGACCCGAUUGUCCGGUUGGAACUCGAUGUGUGGAACAUCGCCGUCAAGUCAUUUAUCGGGCGUCCAGACGAUCUCGUGGGGAUAUUAUCCACAGCGCGGCUGAGAUAUAGUGGUGAAACAAGAUCAGCUUCCACGCCAGAUGUCGCCUGGCUCAUGCGGUGUCUGGCCGAGAUCGUUUGGUCAUUUCCAGAGAGCCCGGACUUCAUGGUCAACUUCGAAAAGCAACGCCAUAUUUAUGAAAUCGUCAAUGUCGCAGCGACGAGCUUUGUAUGCACCGAUUCCCGCCAGAGAGCGCGGUCAAAAGCUCUCCUUGCUAAACUUGCGGCAGGCACUGCCGAACCUUCGGUAAUACAACGCCCCUUGGGUGCCAACUUCGUUCUUUACCAGACGAUCUUUGGUUCCUUGAUAGGCCAAGAAAUCGCAAGGCAAGACCGCGAGAUGCAGACCAUCGUACAGCUGCUCAAACACCGCGGCGAGGCCAAGACCCGUAUGGCCAACAAGGAGUACGAAUACAGCACGAUCAUGAGCAAGAGCGCGAAUCAGAAGACUCCCAAGGCGAAAAAGCACGUCAGCGACGCCUUUUGGUGGUCUUCACGACCAGCGUCUGUUGCCGCCAAGGAUCUGUUGUCGAGCGCUUCACAGGGUCUGGCUCGGUCGACAGGUAGUCUAGAGUUCAAGACGCCGAAAGAAUCGACGCUCACGCUAAAUCUGGCUGGAUGCCGACCGAAUGCGAUCCCCUCGGCCAAUCGGUCGUUCGUAUUCGAAAUCGUCACGCCAGAAGGAUUGCGACAUAUCCUUCAAGCCAAGUCUCGAGCAGACAUGGAGAGCUGGACUGACACGAUCAGUAAAGCCUCGGAGAUGGCGCUGUUAAGACGAAAGACGUUUGUCGAGCCGACGAUCAUCGAAGUCGCGGAGCCACUGCCGCUGUUGCCAAUGCGUUUGACCUUGGAAGCAGAGCUAGCGAGAGAUCACGGUCCGGAACCCAGUCUCUACGCUAUACCGCUCGCAGCAGAAGCAUGUAUGGCCAUACUCGAGCAGAAGUUCCUCGAAGAACCAGGGCUGUAUCGUAUCCCUGGAUCGUUAAGCCGAGUCGACGCUUUGGUCCGACAACUAGUCGCUGGCCGCAUUCCGGACCUCAGUCACGACGAGACUUAUGCGGAUCCGACGACCAUUACGUCUGCCUUCAAGAAGUGGUUGGCCUCAAUGCCAGAGUCCAUCGUGACGGACGAGCGGUAUUACGAUUUCAUCCUCGCGGACAAAAUAAGCGAACGAAACGACCGACUCUAUGCGAUCCGUAGUUUGAUCUGGUCUUUACCUCCGGCCAACUUUGCUCUUCUCCACCGGAUUAUCCAGCACCUAGAUCUCGUCAACGAUCAUGAAGAGGAGAACCAGAUGACGCCCCGGAAUCUGGCGACCUGUCUCGCGCCGACGUUGUUCUACCCUUCGGCCAAGUUCGGGGGGAUGGACGCGGCGAUGCAUCACAUUGGACACGCUUUGAACCUUAUCGACACGAUGAUCUGUCAACGAUACUGGCUCUUUCACGAUUUCGAGAGCGGCGAGGGCGGGGGUGCAAGCGCUCCUUCGUCUCCCAUGCCCGUAGUCGAGGCGUUUGACAACCACGCUGGAGCUUCGGAUCAUGAUCCGAUCGAAGAGCUGGUGGCUGGGUGAACAGACGACUAUGCUCACACGCCUCUCUCGGCACGCAACUCGUCGGAGAGUUUUCCGCCUCCACAUCCGACACGGCAUCAAAAACGCAACGACGACCUCUUCAACGCUCCAAC